AUGGGUGUUGGUGCAGAGGAUAUACUAGUUUGUGUAUGGAGGUUCCUUCACUUUUCGAUGAGGACAAGUUCCAUGUGCGCGCAGAACUACCCCUUUGUUGCAGGCGCCUUGUUAUUCUUGUUCCUCCUUUAUGCAUUUUUCAAUCUAUUUGUUUUCUUCUCUCCAUUUCUCGUCUGCGUUGCUCUUCUUCUUAGAAUUUUUUGGACUUCUGGAGGACUGAUAAUCUUACAAGCCAAACAGAGGAGUGAUCAGAUGCAAUGUAAAAAAACUGUACGAGGCGCUGCUGUUGCGAAUAGAGACGAAAGCUCUUGUUUACUAAAGCAGAAGAGUAGACGAACUAAUGUCAAGAAGAUAGAAUGGGAUGCAAAGAGCGCGAAGGAGGGACUAGGCAACUCUUCAUUGGCAUCUCCUAAUGAUUUAGUUAGUAAAACUGUCUUGCUUGCAAAAGAAGCAAGGGCUUUGAAUAUGCGCCAGAAAGAAAGACCAUUUAGUCAUGGAGAGAGUUCUAAUGCAAAAAUGUCCUCGGUUGACUCCAUUGUGCUUGAUGAUGGCCCUUCGAUCCUAGAUUCUGAUCGAGAUAUCUUAUCAUCAAGCUCAUCCGAUGACGAGUCCGAAAAAUUUGAAGGUGGUGGUAGGAAGGAAGAAGCAGCACAACAGGAUGGGACUAAGGCUGUGCAGUGGACGGAUGAUGAUCAAAGGAAUCUGCUGGAUCUUGGACUUUCCGAGAUUGAAAGAAACAAACGGCUGGAGAGUUUGAUUGCCAGAAGAAGAGCAAGAAAGUUAUUCAAAAUGCAGAUUGAGAAAGGUCUUAUUGACUUGGACACUAUUCUACCAAAUCAAAUUGCACCCCUGUAUAUUGCAAGAAAUAAUCCUUAUAUUGCUGAAAUGGACGGCAUGGAAACACCUGGUUCAGCCCCUUCGGUAAUGUUCCCAGCGAAAAAUCCAUUUGAUCUUCCAUAUGAUCCCUUGGAGGAGAAGCCGGAUCUUAAGACAGAUAGUUUCCAGCAAGAAUUCACAGCAGUCACCCAAAGAGACAUGCUAUAUUGUAGGCAUGAGAGCUUCUGUUAUGGUGCUGCUUACCACUUAGAGCCCAUGUCAAAAGCACUAGAUGGACUGGGGUUUUCAAGAUUCAGAAGGCAAACAAGUUUGGGACCUCAUGAUAGGCGUAUUGAAAGAAUGUUGUCAAACAAAGGAGAGCAUGACGAGCUUGUUGAAACACUUUUGGCAGUAGAAGCAAAAAGCAUCUCCCAUAUUGACAGCAUUUCUGAAGUUGUUGACAGUGAAGCUACAACACCAAAUCAAGUAACAACUUCAGGGGAAUCCAAAGACGAAAAAUGUAGACAAAAUGAAAGAGAGAAUGAUAUUGAAGGAAUGAGAAAGAUGAGAAAUGACCAAAAUGUGGCUGUAAUGGCUACUAGAAGUGAAACUGACAUUGAGCAACAUGUAACUGAUGACAGCAAUGAUGAGUCUACCUCAUCGGAAGAAGAUGAACAACGGUAUCCUGCCACAAAAUCUGGAUUCUCUCAACAUACAGCAUCAAAAGGGGGACGUGUUCCACCUAAACCUCUGAACUGUGCACUUCCUAGCCCAUCAAAUGAAAAGGGAAGAUUGGAAGACCGUUUGUUUUAUGCAGAGAGGGGUCCUUGUCACACUCCCACCUACUCUAUCGCAUCUGAUUUACAGGUGGAGGUCUCAGACAUUGGUUCACCUCCGCUGACAGUUGAUGGAGCCAAUUCGCCUACUGAUCGGGAGUCACUGAACUUAGAUGGGGACUUUGAGAGAGAGUAUAUGUGGGCAGCAUCAUCAUCUCAAUCAUCCAGAACAGAAGAAAAUGAAUCGAAAUUCAGAGACAUGCGUGGCUUCAAUGAGAAGGACUUAGCAAACAUAGGAUCUUUGGGAAACAGUAAGAACACCAAGGAUGUUGCUGAAUCCUCCAUACAUUUGCAACAGCCAGAUGAACUAGAUGACACGUACUCAUUGUCAUCUACAAUGACAGGAAUACAAGCAGACAGUAGAACCCAUUCGAUGAGUUUAGAGGAUGUCAGGCUAGUAGUGGAAGAAGUUGGGCAGCUUAGCGCAUCUGGUUUGUCAAAUGCACCUUCACCUGUAAAUCAAGUCGAAAAAUUGAUAAUGGAAUCAUCAUCUAAUCCUCCUGAUGAAAUGACCAAGGUGAAUGUUGCGGCUGCCAACACAAUUGAUGAUUUGAAAGAUGAAAAACAGAUUAAAGACAGAGAUGGUGAAGCGAAGAGUAGCACUGUUGGAGAAUUGAGCAGCAAGGAGGGAGAUUCUAUAAAUCUUGCGAUACAAAAGGAAAAUAAGAACUUGAAUAAUACUGAAGGAGAUCUUCAAAAGGUAACUAAAAAUGAGGGCAACAAAGACAUGUUAAACCCAAUUGACGCUAUAAAGACCUCUAAUCCAAAUCAAGACAGUAAAGCUCAGCAAAGUACUUCACAAAUUGAUGUUUCUGAGAAAAUGCAGGCUUCUAAAGAUCCCAUUGCAUCAGCUGUACAGAAAAAUUUGGCGACUCAAGAGGAAAAUUGUAAACCUCCGGAGAAGUCCACUGACGAAUCCAACAUUAUACUCAAAAUACAAGCCCAAGAUGUCUCACAAAAAGGAAUGGAUACUGCUGCAGAAUUGAAAAUACCAGCUGAAGUAGUCGGGAGUGUAUCCCAAAAGGCAACAAUGGCUAAUGCAGAACUGAAAGAAACAGACAAGAGAGAAAAUGUAAAGCAAAACGAAACAGAGCCAGCUCUAGAAUUGAAAAAACCAGUAGAAGAAAUUGCAAGUGUAAUGCAAAAAGCAGCAGAAGAAAUUGGGAGUAUAUCAGAAAAGGCAUCAAAGGCUCCUUCAGAAGUGAAGAAACCACCUGAAAAAAUUGAAAGUGAUUCAAAAAAAGCAACAGAGGCUCAUGCAGAUUUGAAAAAAGAAGUUGAACAGGUAGAAAGUGUAUCACAAAAAGCUACAAUGGUGGCUCCAGAUUUGAAAAGACCAGCUGAAGUUGGAAAUGUAUCGGGAAAAACAGCAGAAACUACUGCAGAGCUGAAAAAAUCAACUGAAGAAGUUGGGAGUGCAUUGCCAAAGUCAAUAGAGCCUUCUUUAGAGUUAAAAAAAUCAGUUGAAGAAACAGUAGGUGUUUCGCAGAACGCAGCAGUGGCUCCUCAAGAUGUGAAAAAAUCAACUGGUGUAUCAACUGAGGCUCCUUCAGCAGAGCUGAAAAGAUCAGUUGAGGGCAUAGCAAGUGUUUCACAAAAAUCAGCUGAAGAAAGUGGGAACGUGGCAAAAAAAGAAACAGAAGCUAAUGCAGAUGUGAGAAACAAAACUACAGAGGGUCUAUCAGAGGUGAAAAACCAAGCUGAUGACACUGGAAGCUCAAUGGAAAAGGCCACUAAACCUGCUUUAGAAUCGAAAACUUCAGAUAAAGAAACUGGAGGCGUAUCAGAAAUUGCAAGAGGGGAUACUGCAGAAGUGAAAAAAUCUGCUGUAGAUAUUGGAAGUGUAUUAAACAAUGCAACAGGUGCUAGUGCAGAAUUGAAAAAACCAUCUGAAGAGAUUGGAAUUGUGUCUCAAAAAGAACCAGAUACUACCGCAGAAUUGAAACGACAAGCUGAAAAUGGAAGCAUAUCACAGAAAGAAGUAGAGACAGCAGCAGAACUUAAAAAAACUGUUGAAGAAAUCGCAAAUGUGUCGCAUAAAGCAUCUGAGGUUGUUGCAGACCUGAAAAGUCCAGCUGAAAAAAGUGAAAAUGUAUCUGGAAAAGCCAAGGAGGUUGCGGCCAUGUUAAAUAGCCCAGCUGAAGAAACUGGAAAUGUUUCACAAAAAGCAACAGAGGUUGCUGAAGAAAUGAAAGAAACAACUGACGAGAUUGGAGCUUUAGCACAGAAGGCAAACGAGGCUGCUACAGAAUUGAAAAAAUCAGCUGAAGAACUCAGUAAUGCAUCGCAAAAUAAUCAUGAGAUUCCUGCGGAAUUGAAAAAACCAGUUGAAGAAAUCAAAACAUGA